CCAAAAUGUUAUUUAUAUAUAUAUAUAUAUCAAUGUAUAUAUAUAAAUCAAUUAGACUCUUUGAAAUGUCAUUUUAUUAGCUUGAAGCUCUUGAAUGAAUAAAAGUUGUAUCUAAGAGAAAUUGGAUACUCUAUUAAAUUACUUGAUAGUAACAAUUCAGCCAAUUCAAAUCUGUUUGCUCUCCCCUUCUUUCUAAUUUGUUUGAUAUAUUAGGGAUACAAGUCUCUUUAGGAGCGUGUGAUUUUUAUAAAGUUUUCUUUGGAUUUGACAUACAUGUAAUCAUGGAAAAGAAAGCUUCUAUGAAAUCUACUCGAUGGAUACUACAACCAUGGAGCCUUUUGUUUCUUAUUCUAAUUCAAUUCUUGGUACAAUUUUUAACAUCUAUCUAUCUUUAUACUUAUGUGGCCCAUGUGGAAACAAAUGUUCUUAUUAUGCGAAACCAAGACUUUUUAGAAACUGAAAAAUUGGUAAGGAGGAAACGAAGUAGUGCUUUACCUGUGACAGAAGAUAAUAAAGUUUCAGAUACAUCCAGAAUUUGGCAAGAGAAGGAUACAUUAAAAGAAUCUAAGAAAGUAACUUCAUCUCCCAUAGCAAAAACAGGUUUGGCAUCUUCUCCAAUUACUCCUAUGGGACAUGAUUGGGUAUGGUUAAAUGCAGAUACUCGUGUGCAGCUCGAUGCGAUUGAAAAUUUUUGUCGAUCGUCAAUGAAAUAUUGUCCUCCGGGAUUACCAGGAGCACCAGGAAGUCCAGGAGCUCCCGGGGAACCAGGUCUUCCCGGAUUACGAGGAAUGACUGGUCCGAAAGGACCACCUGGUUUGACUGGCCCUCCUGGUCCUCGUGGACCAAAAGGUGAUAUAGGACCAGCUGGUUUUGAUGGAAGGGAUGGAAUACCGGGAGAACCUGGACUUGAUGGAAUUCCUGGACGUAGUGGUACAGAUGGAUUAUCUGGUAUGAAUGGUAAACCAGGACUAAAUGGGUCUCCUGGUCGGCCUGGACGUAAUGGAACAGAUGGAAGGCCAGGUCAAAUGGGACCUCAAGGACCAAUUGGACCACGUGGAGAAAUGGGUCCUCCUGGUAGACCAGGCUCACCAGGACAAGAUGGCAGACCAGGGAUAACAGCCUGGAAGGUGAACAUGAAUGAUUAUAAUAUAAACGACUUAUUGAUUCCUCCUUCUAUUCUAGAUGAUCGAAUGUUACCUUCAACAGUAAAUUCGACGGGCUUAAUUUCCGUUUAUGAAGGAACUAAUUUACGAUUAAAAUGUGCAGCAAGUGGCAAACCUGAACCUACUGUUCAAUGGUUUAGAAGCGAUGGUGGUGUCAUUCCUAUAGGAUCUUGGCAUGUGACUUCUGUAAUUGGACAUACAUUUAAUAUCAGUAUAGUUAACAGAGAACAUAUGGGAGAAUAUAUUUGUGUAGCUGAUAAUGGAAUUCCACCUCGAGCAUUGAAAAGAAUCAAACUUCAAGUUAAAUUUCCACCUUUCAUUCGAAUUCGUAAUCAAAUGAUUCGCGCACGCAGUCAAAGUACUGUAGUUUUAGAAUGUGAAGUUGAAGCAUUUCCAGAACCAAUUGUUUAUUGGGAACGUGAAGAUCGUAGACUCAAAAUGUCUGAGAAAUAUAGACUUGAAGUUUAUGACAGAAGAGAUAUGUAUAAGCUUAAAAUGCGUCUGAAGAUUGCAAAGAUAACAUCAGCAGAUUAUGGUACAUAUCAUUGUGUUGUGAAAAAUGAUAUUGACACCACUAAAGGAUCAUUUACAGUCGAUGAUGAUGCGAAGAGCAUGGAAAAGUCAAAGCUAGGAAAACAACAACACGUUACAUAUGGAAAGCCUGCGCCACAGCAUGUUGAUUUAGAUGAACUUUGUGCACCACAUGAAACUUGCGCUGCUUGCCCUGUUUUAAGAUGUACUUUUACAGAUGUUGCUGAAUAUUUAAAUAUUCAGCCACUCAAAAAUGUCAACUUUACUGGACUUCCAUUGAGAUUGGCAGAUGGUGUAAUAGAAGCAGUAGGAAAACCAGUUUUAAAGGGUACUAUGGAUGAUCAUUACGGAAGCUGGAUGCAUGACACUAAAUCUGAUGGUUAUCCAGAGAAACUCUGGGUUACCCGAAAGAAUGAAACUUCUUUCAUAUUUGAAUAUGAGUCAAAGGAUCAUUUUAAACAUGGGAGUUCUUAUCCCAUUAAACUGCCAUAUCCAUUUCAGGGAAAUGGGCAUGUAGUGUAUAACAAAUCUUUCUUUUAUAACCCCAUAAACCGAUCAUCAAUUUUUCGAUUUAAUCUUCAUUCUAUUUCUGAUCAAGUAUGUGGUAAGGAGUUUUCGCGGUGUGAAUUACAUCUUCCAGGUUUAUUAGUGAACACGAGGAAUUAUUUAUAUACACCGAAUCAUAAUUUUAAUUAUGUUGACUUCAAUGUUGAUGAGAAUGGAUUAUGGAUAAUAUACGGUUUACCAUCGAAUAAUACAAUAGUAAUAAAGAUGGAUGCGACUAAUAUGAAUAUUCAACAUGCAUGGAAUAUUAGUAUAGAUAAUCAUAAAUUUGGAGAAAUGUUCAUUGCUGGAGGAGUGCUUUACGCUGUUCAUAGCGUUACGGAAGAAACGAUGAAAAUAAGGUUGGCCUUUGAUCUUUAUAAAAAUGUUACAAUACCUGUUCAUUUAUCAUUCACGAAUCCUUAUCACAAAACUACGGCAGUCAGCUACAACCAUAAAACAAAAGAACUUUAUACUUGGAAUAAAGGAAAUCAAUUGGCCUACCCGAUUAAAUAUCAGGGCUCUACAAAUGCUACAGCAAAAGAAGAAUUCAGGGUUAAGGAAACUGGAGUUUGAGGCUGCCAUCAAUGUGAAAUU